AUGGCGCCUCUCGAUUUGGAUAAAUAUGCAGAGAUCGCAAAGCAGUGUAAAUACCUCCCAGAAAACGACCUUAAGGUAAAUGUGACCCUAAAAUAAUUUAUCUAAGACUGCCUUCUUUAGCUCAGAGUGGUAACGGUUACUGUGUUUUAUGUCGCAGCUACGUAAUUAGCUAAUGAUAGCUUCUGCUAGCUUGUAGUGUUAGCCCGCUGACCUCAUCCCUCAGCGCGGAAGUCAAACACGUUUAAAGAAAAUAUUUACUCAACAAUAACAUCAACCUAAAAUCACAACUAUAUUACACCAUGCUACUGAAUUAGAAAUGAGACUGCCCUGCUUCGGCGUGCCCUCAUAGCCUUAAACGAAAUAAUUAUGUAAUCAUAGUAACCUGAUGAUGCUGACUGUUAUGAGGCUGAGAUGACAGCUGAUGGCCAGUCUUCACAAAAGAUGUUUCUGAGCGAGCAUCACUGUUAAAACACAACACUUUCACAAGUACAAUCACUGCCUUUGUCUCCAUUACUCAAAGUACACCGAUAGAGUGUCUACAGAUUCAUUAGUAAUGUCAGUCAGUGAUGGAUCUCUACCAUUUACACCGUGUAAACACUCACUGUACUGUUUUUAACCUUGGUAAGGACACUCUUGAAAUCCAUUUUUAAUCUCAUUGAGUAUCUGCUGGUUGAAUGAGGGCAAAGACGUGCCUGAAAAUCCAUUGAAAGAGUAAAACACUUUCAAAACACCCUCUGCUUUAGAUAAUAAUCGUGGAAGACACAAAGACCUUACAGAUGCAGUAGCUUAUUGUAUUGCAAAAGACAUGCCUCCAAUAAGCACUGUUAAAUUUCAUGUUUUAUGUUUCAUAUCGUGAUAUAUCGUUAUCGACUGAUAUGAAAACAUUUAACCCAUGGGCUGUGCCCUGGAUACAUGGGGCAUGAUUUCCCAUUUUUUGAUAAUCCAAUGAAAGUGCUCUCUCUUCAUUCAUGACUGUUAGUAUCAUGGCAGAAGAAGGAGAGGGUUGAGGACAAGUUAUUUUUUCAGAGCCUUUAUGCCUUUAUCCAGAGAGGAUAGGGUGGCUGAUAGUAGAGCAGGAAAUCAGGAGGAGUAGCAGGUUGGAAUUAAACCUGAGCCACAUGCUUAAGAACUAUAGCCUCUAACCACAUACUUUAACUCCUGUUGUGCAGACCCAGUUUGGUCGUCACUGGACAAAUAUAGAGAGUUGCUCUGCUCUAAGGAACCAGUACCGUGGAAGAAUCUCUUUUGUCAUUGAAAGACUAGGGUUCUACCUGCCCAUGAAAACAAAAAGAUGCCCAAGAGGCAUUUCCCUAAGAAGUAUAACAUACUCAUAACUCUUAACUCUGAACAUGUUGUUAAAUGUGAACCAAAUAGCUAUGCUCAUAUCAAUGAUUUCUGAACCCUUACCCUAUGUUUAUGCUGUGUUUUCAUACAAACAGAGAUUAUGUGACUAUGUGUGUGACCUUCUGCUGGAGGAAUCCAACGUUCAACCCGUUUCUACUCCUGUAACAGUAUGUGGUGACAUUCAUGGACAGGUAAACACUGUGUCCUCAGUCAUUGCCAAUUCAGGUAGCAGAGAGAGAUCUUUGUCUUCUUUUUAAUAUUCAUUGGUCAUACUCAAAAAGAAAAUUUAUAUCCAUACUUAUUUUUUAUCUCUUUGUGUUUUAGUUUUAUGAUCUUUGUGAACUCUUCCGAACUGGAGGACAGGUUCCCGACACAAAUUACAUAUUUAUGGUUAGUAUGUGGAAUCAAUUUUAAACAACGUCUUAAUCCAUGCUAUUGAAUCAAUGUUUUUUUGCACAGUAUUGAUUAAUAACCCCUGUCAUGUGCAGGGUGAUUUUGUUGACCGAGGGUAUUACAGUUUGGAGACAUUCACCUACCUGCUGGUGCUGAAAGCCAAAUGGCCUGACCGCAUUACAUUACUGCGUGGAAAUCACGAGAGCAGACAAAUCACCCAAGUUUAUGGAUUUUAUGGUAAGAGCUGAUUUAUGUGAUUUUUCUUAUUUGGCUAACUGCAAACUGUGUUAUCCCAAAUCUCGCCUUCUACACAGUCAUCACACUCCUACUUGAAAUAACAGAUGCUGUUUCUGUCUUUCAGAUGAGUGCCAGACCAAGUACGGGAAUGCAAAUGCUUGGCGUUACUGCACCAAAGUGUUUGACAUGUUAACAGUUGCAGCUGUGAGUAUCAGUGUUACAUUGUCGUAGUUAUUAUUUCAAAAUGUAUGAGAGUUUUUAUUUGUCCAGAUAUUUCCUCAUAACACUCAUGUUGAGUCAUCCUGAAGCUAAACUGCACAUGAACAGCAGUUUAAAGUUACUGUGGUGCCAUAACAAGAUGCUGUCAAACAUGCUCAAGGUCAUGACAGAGUAUUACUGUCUGAGCUGCUGUAGAAGACGUAAAAAAAGCAAUGUCCACCUGUUUUAAUCUUAUUUUUUUCCACUAUUGUUUUAUCCCAGUGACUAAACUGUCUGGACAUGAUAGACUAGCUCUUGUUUUGGAUUCUGUUUGCCAGGACUAGUCUGUGUUUGUUGCUGAAAAAGGACAGGAUGAACACCGGCCAAUAUUUCUGUUGGAUUUUUGUCGCAGAGAAUGGGCUGUAAUGAGUUACCUGAUUUAUAAGUUCUCAUGACAACUAGAUUCCUGUUGAAGGUUAAUUUUAAAUGUGUUAAGGUAAAGGACAUUUGUACUAGAAAGGCAAGUAAGCUCCUUGGGUUGACAACACUGUGAACCCCACUCAGGACAAGAGAGGCCAGCUCUGUUCUUCACCUGCUUCACACCUUUAUUGCACCAGCCUGACUCUGCUCAGCCUUAUUAUCCUUAUAAUCUGAGUAGCGUGUUGAGAACCUGUUAAUCACCUGUCUGUGGGUUUUUAGUGUAAGGCAUCUGAGUGCACUUCAGUUGUUACCUCUUAUUGACUUGAGAUCCUGCUGUUCUUGGUGAACUUAUGAUCCUGUUGAGUUUGCUCAUUAGGGUUUCCGAAGUACAAAGUAAGCUUAUCAGCAAACAACAACGAGUGUGUCAGAAAUCUCAUUGGAUGAAAGUUAAUGCAGAGCAGCUGAAGGGAAACAUAAAGGAAACUGGGUUAGUUUUAUCAAUGAAAUAUAAUCUGGUUCAGAUCUGGUAAAGUUUUUUUUUGUGCCACAUAAAAAGACAAUAGUUCUGGUAAUGUAGCUUAACUUAGUGAAUUCCUACAGCACUGCAUUUGCAACAUGUCCUAACUCCUCUUUGUGUGUGUUGAUUUCUUGGCUUUCAGCUCAUGGACGAACAAAUCCUGUGUGUCCACGGAGGACUCUCCCCAGACAUUAAAACUCUAGAUCAAAUUCGAACCAUUGAGCGGAACCAGGAGAUCCCUCACAAAGGCGCUUUCUGUGAUCUGGUGUGGUCAGACCCUGAAGACGUGGACACUUGGGCCAUCAGUCCUAGAGGAGCCGGUUGGCUGUUCGGGGCAAAGGUCACAAAUGAGGUACAAUAAGAAUUUAUUGAAUUUAACGAUCAUUAUAAACAGCAGUGAGUAAAGUGCAAAGAAACAACCAAACUGUAAAAUGUUGCUUCACUCCAAUGAGCAUUACAUAUCUUGGAGGCGUGGCUUCAUAACGAUAUUGGUUAAUGGUUGUGUGGUUGAGUGGGAAAUGCCCGAUUCAGAUACUGAAACGUGAUGGGCUGAUGUUUUAUCCAUAAGGCUUUUUUUUUUUUUUACCCCAAAUUCAUUUUGAAGUAAUAUUAAUAAUAAUCUGUGUUACAGUUUGUUCACAUCAACAACCUGAAGCUGAUCUGCAGAGCGCAUCAACUCGUCCAUGAAGGCUACAAGUUCAUGUUCGACGAGAAGCUGGUCACCGUAUGGUCGGCUCCUAACUACUGCUAUCGCUGUGGCAACAUCGCCUCCAUCAUGGUCUUCAAAGAUGCAAAUACCAGAGAGCCAAAGUUGUUCAGAGCUGUGCCUGACUCGGAGAGGGUCAUUCCACCCCGAACAACGACUCCUUAUUUCCUGUAA